CUUCCCCAAAAGCCAAGAAAAAAGAGCUUCUUUCCUUCUGAUUACAGGCAAAGUCCAGCCUAUAACGCACGACUCCGGAGCUCGAUACGCAACGCAAAAAAUUUGGAGAAAACGUGCGGGCAAAUUCUUUCCUUGCUUUCGGGCUUUUUGGCUUCCUCUCUUCAAGUUUACUCAAGGGACUCUCGUUUUGCUCCUAUCGAUCUUGUCAUCUCCUGGGCAGAGAUUACAAAUACCAGGAACAUGUGAUCUCUUUUUGGGAGUGAUCUCGUUAUCUACAAAAAAUUCUCAUCUCGAUCAGCUAGCGGGCUCCUCAAAGAUCAAAGUGUUCCAAUUGGGUCUUUCGGGACAACGCCAUUCUUUAGGAGAAUCAAACAUCCAAGAUCAUCCAUGGACAAUGCCGGGGUGACGCAGAGGCUCCUCCCAACCAGCGGAGCCCCGACUUCCUCGUCGUCUCCACCGGACGAUCACGAUCACGCCACCGACGACGAGAAGCUCAGCGACGACAUCAAGGAAUUCCAGAACUUCAUCUCGAGGACGCUCACCACCGCCCUCCACGGCUCCGCAAAUCUGGCAAACAUGCUCCCAACAGGCACCGUCCUCUUCUUCCAGAUGCUCGACCCAAUCCUCUUCCGCGCCGGAUCCUGCGAGAACAAGCUCCUGAGCGCGAUCUUCCUCCUCGUCUGCGCGAUCCUCUGCUUCACGCUCUCCUUCACGGACAGUUUCCAGGCCCCGAAUGGGAAGGUCUACUACGGCCUCGCAACAUUCCGAGGCCUGUGGACUCCCCAGAUCCAAUGCACCAUCAAUCUCUCCCAGUACCGGAUCAGGUUCUCGGACUUCGUCCACGCAUUGCUCGCGGUGUUUGCGUUCAUGACCACCACCACCUUUUCCACCGACGUUGUCAGCUGCUUUGUCAAGGUGCCCGACUCGUUCGUCGGAUCGGCCCCGGCGCUCUCGGGCUUCCUCGUCAGUGCCGUGUUCUUGUACUUCCCCACGAACAGACACGGGGUGGGAUUUCCACUCACACCGCCGGGAACUUCUCCUCCUCCUCCUCCUUCAACGGAGACCGGUUCUUCUACGGCAAAUAAAACUGUUUGAAACAGUGCAAGCUUGGAAAUCUGGACAGAAUUCUUAGAAUUUCCAUCAAAGUUCUUGGUAUUUUGGGAUUUUCUUGUGUGAUACCGAUCUAUUUCAAGGUGAGCGUCCUAUAUA